UCACUGGUUUCCGGUUUGUUUUGCUCACUGACGGAAGCGGGGUUGUAGCAGGCUCCCGAGAAGAUGUCGCCGUCCGUGUUUAACUUUAAUGAUGCCAAAGAGAGAUUUGCGAGUACAAUCAGAAGUACCUUGGACAGCAAAACUGUCAAGCCCUUAAUCAACACAUUUAAUCAGCUCCCUGGAAAUGAGACAGAGAAGAAAACCACACUUGACCAGGCUCUGCGCUGGGUUCUCGAGGGAGAAAUUAUAAAACGAAAAGCUAGCUGUGAAGACUUCCUGGCUCUGAUCUAUCUCAGCAUUGAUGGAGUUACAGAAGGUAUUUGCUCGGCAACAACUCCUUUCCUGCUGCUGGGAGAUGUCCUGGACUGUCUUCCACUGGACCAGUGCGAUAAAAUCUUCACUUUUGUUGAAGAAAAUGUUUCAACGUGGAAAUCCAAUUCCUUUUACUCUGCUGGGAAAAACUACUUGCUGAGAAUGUGUAAUGACCUCCUGCGGAGGCUGUCCAAGUCGCAGAACACGGUGUUCUGUGGGCGGAUCCAGCUCUUCUUGGCCAGACUCUUCCCUCUGUCUGAGAAGUCAGGUCUUAACUUGCAGAGCCAAUUUAACCUAGAUAACUACACCGUAUUCAAUAAAAAUGAACAGGAGAGCACGUUAGGACAGAAGCACACUGAGGAGAAGGAUGAAGGCAUGGAAGUGGAGGAGGGCGAGAUGGGCGAUGAGGAGGCGCCCACUCCUUGCUCUGUUCCGAUUGAUUACAACUUGUACAGGAAGUUCUGGACACUUCAGGACUACUUCAGGAACCCAGUACAGUGCUAUGACAAAUUCUCCUGGAUGACAUUCCUAAAGUUUUCAGAUGAAACUCUGGCUGUGUUUAAAAGCUACAAGCUGGACGACACGCAGGCUUCUAAGAAGAAGAUGGAAGAACUGAGAACUUCGGGAGGAGAGCACGUUUACUUCGCUAAAUUCCUGACGAGUGAAAGGCUGAUGGACCUGCAGCUAAGUGACAGCAACUUCAGGCGCCACAUCCUUGUACAGUAUUUAGUGCUUUUUCAGUAUCUGAAGGGGCAGGUCAAGUUCAAAAGCUCUAGUUGUGUGCUGACUGAUGAGCAGUCUUUGUGGAUGGAAGACACAACAAAACUUGUAUACCAGCUUCUCAGAGAGACUCCACCUGAUGGGGACAAGUUUGCGUCGAUGGUAGAGCACAUUCUAAACACUGAAGAAAACUGGAACGCAUGGAAAAAUGAAGGCUGCCCGAGUUUUGUAAAAGAGAGGCCAGCAGAGAUGAAGCCGAUUCGGCCCACAAGGAAGAGGCAGGCUCCAGAGGACUUCCUGGGGAAGGGCCCGGACAGGAAGAUCUUCAUGGGGAAUGAUGAGCUGACUCGCCUCUGGAAUCUCAACCAAGACAAUAUGGAAGCCUGCAAGUCCGACAGCAGAGAGUUUAUGCCCUCGCUGGAGGAGUUUUUUGAGGAGGCCAUUGAACAGGCAGAUCCAGCAAACAUGGUUGAAGAUGAGUACAAGGUGGUGAAGAACUCCAACUACGGCUGGAGAGCUCUCCGGCUGCUGGCGCGCAGGAGCCCCCACUUCUUCCAGCCCACGAACCAGCAGUUCAAAAACCUGCCUGACUACCUGGAGAACAUGGUCAUCAAGCUGGCUAAGGAGUUGCCUCCUCCCUCUGAAGAGAUCAAGACGGGCGAAGAGGAUGAUGACAAUGAUGACGCUUUGCUUAAAGAGAGCAAUGAAAGUCCGGACGUCCAGCACAAGCUGGUGACUAACCAGCAGAUGGACGAUAUUGCGAGUAAGCUGGGAGCGCAGUGGAAGACACUGGCCGGUCAGCUGGAGAUGAAGGCGGUGGAGGUGCGGGAGAUCGAGACGGACAGCGAGGAUGUGGAAAUGCAGGCCAAGCUGCUGUUAGUGGCCUGGCAGGACCGGGAGGGCAGCCAAGCCACCGUGGAAAACUUAGUUUUAGGCCUCAAUGCCGCUGGUUUUAUUAAAAUUGCAGAAAGCCUGACUGAAACAUAAAAUUGAACUGUCUAGGUUUUUGAUGAUGUCCUGUUUAGAUGACCUCCUUUUGUAAAAAGUACCCUUCCUGCACAUUACAGUCAUUUCUUGUAGAAAUAAAUAGCCGUUGUACCUUG